UUGGCAAAGAGAGAGGGAAUAGGUCCAAUUUACGCCUCUGCUAUUUUAGGGGCGGUUGAAAUUAUGAGCCAAAGUGGAGUGAUGCGCUCUCUGGAGUGACCUCCGCUCUCCAAGGCAGGAGAAAACCCACGUCCUCUCCUCGUGAAGUGGCUCGAGCUCUUGAGCGAGAGGCAUUAUUAUAUAAAUUCAAGCUUGCUCCUGAUCCUUAGUACCCUGAGUUGCCUGAAGGGGGGAAUGGCUCUGUCUGCGUGUACAGCCCGGGCGCUCCGGCAGCCUCUGCAACCGGAGCAAGGAGCGCCCUCCCGCACCACCUGUCCUCGCCGGCAUUCCAGAGUAGAGGCCGAAUUGGCAGAGAGCCGGCCCGGGUCAUUCGCCGCCUCAGUCCGCGCCGGCCCUCCUAGGGGUGUGUCUCAAGGAUUCUACUCCCAGCCGAUCCAGGACAAGCCCCUAAAGGCUUCUUCCUCUCUGGCGGGAGCCUUGAGCGCCCCGCUCCUCGCGCUGCUGCCCCGAGGUCGCCGCAGGCGGAUGCACGACCUCAGGCGACGCUGGGACCUGGGCUCCCUCUGCCGGGCCCUGCUCACUCGGGGCCUGGCCGCCCUGGGGCACUCGCUGAAGCACGUGCUCAGUGCGAUCUUCUCCAAGAUUUUCGGCCCCCUGGCCAGCGUCGGGAACAUGGAUGAGAAAUCCAACAAGCUGCUGCUGGCUUUGGUGAUGUUCUUCCUAUUUGCCGUGAUCGUCCUCCAAUACGUGUGUCCCGGGACAGAAUGCCAGCUCCUCCGCCUGCAGGCGUUCAGCUCCCCGGUGCCGGACCCGUACCACUCGGAGGACGAGAGCUCCGCCAGGUUCCUGCCCCGCUACAAUUUCAGCCGCAGCGACCUCUUGCGCAAGGUAGACUUCGACAUCAAGGGCGAUGACCUGAUCGUGUUCCUGCACAUCCAGAAGACCGGGGGCACCACUUUUGGUCGGCACCUGGUGCGCAACAUCCAGCUGGAGCAGCCGUGCGAGUGCCGCGUGGGUCAGAAGAAAUGCACUUGCCACCGGCCGGGUAAGCGGGAGACCUGGCUCUUCUCCAGGUUCUCCACGGGCUGGAGCUGCGGGCUGCACGCCGACUGGACCGAGCUCACCAGCUGCGUGCCCGCGAUGGUGGACGGCAAGCGCGACGCCAGGCUGAGACCGUCCAGUAAGGAUAGACGAGGUUCUCCAAACAGUAACCCAGGCGCCAACUCUCCAUCCACAAAGGUCCGGAACACAUCUAAGAGUGGGAAGAACUUCCACUACAUCACCAUCCUCCGAGACCCAGUGUCCCGGUACUUGAGUGAGUGGAGGCAUGUCCAGAGAGGGGCGACCUGGAAAGCAUCCCUGCACGUGUGUGAUGGAAGGCCCCCAACCUCCAAGGAGCUGCCCAGCUGCUAUACUGGCGAUGACUGGUCUGGCUGCCCCCUGAAAGAGUUCAUGGACUGCCCCUAUAACCUGGCCAACAACCGCCAGGUGCGCAUGCUCUCCGACCUGACCCUAGUCGGCUGCUACAACCUCUCUGUCAUGCCUGAAAAGCAGAGAAACAAAGUCCUCCUGGAAAGCGCCAAGUCAAACCUGAAGCAUAUGGCUUUCUUUGGCCUCACUGAGUUUCAGCGGAAGACCCAGUAUCUGUUUGAGAAGACCUUCAACAUGAACUUUAUCUCGCCAUUUACCCAGUACAAUACCACUAGAGCCUCUAGUGUAGAGAUCAAUGAGGAAGUCCAAAAGCAUAUUGAGAGACUUAAUUUUCUGGAUAUGGAGCUGUACAGCUAUGCAAAAGAUCUCUUUUUGCAAAGGUAUCAGUUUAUGAGGCAGAAAGAGCAUCAGGAGGCCAGGCGGAAGCGUCUGGAGCAACGCAAAUUUCUGAGGGGAAGGUUCCUUCAGACCCAUUUCCAGGGCCAGAGGCAGGGCCAGAGUCAGAAUCCGACUCAGAAUCAGAGUCAGAACCCAAAUCUCAAUGCAAAUCAGAAUCUGACUCAGAAUCUGACUCCAAAUCUGACUCAGAACUUGAGCCAGAAGGAGAACCGGUCCAACCAGAAACGGAACCCAGGCCAGGACCAGAAAGGUAGCAACAACAGCAAUGGCAUCAAUGACUACAUAGGCAGUGUAGAGAAAUGGCGUUAAGUGGCUGAGAGGCCUGUGUUCACUUCUCCUAAAGCGCCACCCAAAACAUGGCAUAUCUUAAGAGAUAAAAAUGUCCCAACACAUCCUGCUUCCUUAAUUUUGGAAGUUAAAAAAAGUUUAGAUGUUGCCUUUACAGUUGCCUUUCAGUGAAAUGUUAUGCUGUGCGUGGGUGAAACAAAUCUCAAUAUGUAAUUAAAUUGUCUUUUUCUUUUUUUGGUUGGACUAUUUAUGAAAUCCGAAAGCCAAACCAGACUCAAAUUGCUGUUUAGAUAUUUUAAGAAGUUUUUAAAUUAGGAAUGGAGACAAGAUGAAAACAUAGAAUGUGACCAUUUAGCUUAUGGCUGAGAAGUGGUCUGAAAAGAUGUGUGAUACACUGUUCAAACCCAAUCUUGGAAGCAAAGUUUUUCCCCCUGGCUAAACAUAGUGUAAACAUCAAAUGAUACACAAAGUCUUUCAUUUUCUUCUGCUUUUAACAAGGGAUCCAUUUAAAUACAUUAUUAACUGAUGAUACAUCUUACCAAACUACCGACAGAAAAGAAUUCCUCUCCUCAAUAUGGGUGAUUUUAUGUAAAAAUAUUUGCUUUUCAAGUAGAACAGGGCUCAUAUCUUGUAAUUUGAGAGAUCUUUAAAAUUUUAAACUUUUUCUACCUUCUACUGUUUAAAGGUUUUAAACAGGGUCUAACUCACACUAAACAAAGCAUAUUUUUUUCCAAAUGAAAUACCAAUGUUACUAUCUAGUUUUCAGAUGCGUUCAGAGCAUUGCAAUUUCGACAAUUCUGGAAUCUUUUUGGCACUGCUUCUCAUUCACUUUAAGGCUUCUCCGAGUUGUGCUCAUUCCAAACGAACCCAUGUGUAAAAUCUUUAUCUAAAUGGUGUGUUGCUGAAUUUAUUGUGAUAUAUAAUCCUGGAUUAAAGUCAGGACUUUCUUUCUAUAGAAUUGUCUUAUCAAUGUUUGUGUAGUGAGGUCCCUAUCAAGAAACUCUUGAACAGGAUAAUUGUGUCUACAAAUAUUGCUGAAGUUAUUCUUGAUCAGGUAGAAUCAAACCUGAAUGUGAACUGUUAUUUCCUUUUGGUAUAUCUUUAUUGUAAUGUUUCCCGUUUGGCUAGCUAUUUCUGACCCACUAGUUCUUUGUGUGUGUGUGUUGACAGAUUUGUAGGCAAUUACAAGAGCAAAAAACUGGUAGAAUAAGUACUAGAACGGCCAGAGUUAUUCAGUAAUAUCAAAAGCUUUCUUGAUGCUUUGGGUUAACCCUUUGCAAAAAUGAAGAGUAUUCUACAGUGAAGUAUCAGGAACAUAUACUUUGAGGAGAGUAAUUUGGUGGUGUAAGUCUAUGUAAAAAUAUUUUUGUGGUAUCAAUUAUGAAUUGAGCGAAGUCAAAGAAGUAUGAGCUCCCUGGGCUGCCAGGCAUCAUGAUUCUGGGUAGUUCCCAUGGUAUAUGGAUUUUGCUACACUUUCAGAAGAACUUACACUACCCACCCCCCUGCAGCCACCAGUCAACCGAAGUGACAGGAAAUGGCAUUUAUGUUUGAGAAGAGACAUGCUUAGAACUGUGACCAUAAAGUCAUAUCUUGUAUAACCUGCCCACACACAUGAUCUAGUUUCAUCAGUAAUAAUAUAGCCACAAGCUGAGCAGGUAGCUGGGUAUUUGAGUUUAAAAUGGAUUUUCUUGACUCUGAGCCUGUAUCAGUAUUUCUAGCUUUUGUUUUGUCUGAUAGUAUUGCAGUUCUGGUAAUUCUGAGAUUUAAAAAACUGGAAGGAAAUUAAACACACACACACACACACACACACACACCUUGAAGUCAAAGUGUUUUAGAGUGAAACUAUUUUGUGUACAUUGUGUUUUUAAAAUAUUCUGUAGAGAUCACUAUGGUAUUUCAUUUUGUUUAGUUUUAAUUGAAAAUGUUUGCUCUUAAAACUGACCGCUAGUGUUGGAAAGCAGGAUGAGGUCUGAGCCAGUGGAAAAACUUGUUACAAAAAAAAUAUCUGUGUUAUUGCUGUGGUGUGCAUGGUUUGCAGAGAUUAAGUGCAUUUUCUCUGUCUAUACUGAUUAUUGUACAUAGGGGGUGUUAUAAAUAUACAUUUUUGUCAUCAUUUCAACUGUAAACAUCUGUCCAAUGGUGUAACUUUACAAAUCAUUCACUGAUUUUGUGUAAUUUAACAAUAAAUAUGAAAUAAAGUUUAAAUUA